AUGUCUGACCGUGCGGAAGUGAUUUCACUAUGCAUUCGUUUAGCUGCUGCAGCUGCGUUGUCUUUCUUUACAGUUCGUUAUAUGGUCAAGUUUAUUGACCCACAUUACGCCACCAGAGAGGAAACAAAGAAACGAGUAGCACAACUGUUCCGUGAAUUGGGAUUAAGUGAAAAAAUUGAGCUGAAUGAGCACGAGAUGCGAAUAGCUACGCAGUUUGUUGGGGGCGAGGACGCUGGAGCUGAGUGGGGAGACAUCGGCGGCUGUGACGAACUCAUAGCUGACCUUAAGGAUAGGAUAAUCUUACCUCUGCAGAUUGCCGCCGAAGCAGAUUGUUCGCUUCUGUGUCCUCCAAAGGGAAUUCUCCUCUAUGGACCGCCAGGAUGCGGUAAAACUCUACUAGCCAAGGCAGUCGCUCGAGCCGCAGGUUGCAGAUUUAUAAAUUUGCAAGUUUCGAACCUCACUGACAAGUGGUAUGGAGAGUCUCAAAAGCUGGCAGCUGCUGUGUUUUCUGUCGCCCAAAAGUUCCAACCAACAAUUAUUUUCAUUGAUGAAAUUGACUCAUUUCUUCGUGACCGUCAAGCAAAUGAUCACGAAGCUACUGCAAUGAUGAAGGCACAGUUCAUGUCUUUGUGGGAUGGAUUUUGUACCACGGAUGAUCAAAUAAUAGUCAUGGGUGCGACGAAUCGACCUCAGGAUGUAGAUCCUGCGAUUUUGCGACGGAUGUCUGCUCGAUUCCCAGUUCCUGUGCCGUCUGAAAAACAGAGGGCGCAGAUCUUGAAGGUCAUACUCCGAGAAGAGCGUUUAGCUGAUGACGUUGAUCUGCAGAAAAUUGCUGCCAUGGGAGUCGGGCUAUCUGGUUCCGACUUGAAGGAGGUGUGUCGCAUCGCUGUGCUAACAAGGGCGAAAGCAACAUUGCAAGACCAGGGAAAUUUGAAAAAUCGACAACCUGUCAGGAAGGAGGACUUGGAAUUUGCGUUGAUGAAAUAUUCACGAGGUUCCCAGCAAAUGACUGAGUAUGGGUUAGAUUAG